AUGAACAAAAAAGAAAACCUAUUAAGAUUACAUAAUAGGGUAAAAAAAGACUUGUUUGUUUAAAACAACGAAGAGGCAACAAUUCAAAAAUUAAGUCCUUAAAUUCUUGAAUAUGUUUAAUGUUCAAGUCAUGGUGAAUUAAUGGAAGAAACAUUUUAGAUUUCAAUUGAUUAAAGAAACAGAAAAUUUCAAGAUGAUUAUUAAAUAGGCAAAAUAUUAGGAGAAGGAGCACAUUCUGUAGUUAGAUAGUGUUGGUAAAUAUCAAAUCCAGAUGAAACUUAUGCAGUCAAAAUUACUCGUAAUGGGGAUCCUGAAAUUAUGGGAAUUAUGAAGUAAACUUUCCUUAAUACAUUGAAACUAAACAAUCCUUUAAUAGUUAGAACACAUAAGUUAUAUAUAGACACUAAUACGGAAUGCUCAUAUUUAGUAAUGGAAUAUUUACCUUAUCCUAGUCUACAUGAACUACUAAAACAAAAUAUACUUACAUAAGAGAAUAAACUAUCGAUUAUACGAUAAUGUUUAGAAGCAACUUAAUAUUUGCAUAGAAUGGGGUUAUGCCAUAGAGAUCUAAAACCAGACAAUAUUUUAUUUGAUUAAGACACUUCUACUAUUAAAAUUAUAGAUUUUGGAGUAUCAAAAAGAUUUAUUACAACUUAAUAAAGAGAUAUUUAAGUUUAAUUAUUGUGGACAAUAACUGGAAAUGAAAAUUAUAGAGCACCUGAAUUAUGGAAUGGUUCUGGAUAUAAUGAAUUAAUUGAUAUUUGGGCAAUAGGAGUUAUUACUUAUUAAAUGUUAUGUCAUAAAUUACCAAUCACUUAUGAAAAUAGAAUGGAAUUUAAUGAAAAUGAAAAUCAAUAAUAAUAUCUAUUGUCAACUGAAUUUAAAUCUCUAGAUUCACUCUCAUAAGAUUUACUGAAAAGAUUAUUAUCAUACAAUCCAAAUAAAAGAAUCAGUGCUUCAUGUAAAUAUUUAUUUUAUAUAUUAUUAUAGAAGCUUUAGUUCAUCCAUUAUUAUAUUAAACGUAUACAAUAUCUCAAUUAUAAUAUAUGAAAUAGAAUUCUAAAUAAUAUACAAAAGAUGAUAUGUUAAUGAAUAAUAAAGUAUAAAUUACUGCUCAUUCAAGUUAAGCUAUUAAAUAUUUAUAAUAAUCAUAAGAGGAUCAUCAAACUGUAACUCAUGAUUUUAAAAAUAAAUGUUUUAUUGAUGCAAUUCAUUAAACAGAUAAAGAUACAUCAUAAUAAAUAAGAAAUAGAUCAAUUCAUUUUUAAUAAUCAAUUAAUUCAUUAUGUUAAUCAUAUUCAACUAAACCUGAUGAAGUUAAAGAAUUUUUUGAUAUUGUUUAAAAAUGUGAUAGUCAUUCUAGUUUGGAUUCUUUGGAUGAUAGAAUUAAAGCAAGUAAUAGUCCUCCAAAUGGUUUAGAUAUUAUAAAUGAAGAAGAUGCAGACACACCACUUUUUAUGA